AUGAUCACAAAUGCCCUGUCGGUCAUGGUCACGAUCCUGACACACACUGCCGGCUUGAUUGCCAUCCUGGAGUAUGUCUCCGAGAAGGCGGAGAAAUUGAUGGCCCUGCUGCUCAGGGCCAGGAAUGCUCUGCGCCACGCCUCGUCCAUCACCUUGGAAGACCUGGUGCAGGUGGAAGGCUCCCUUAAGAUCUGGUGGGCAAUCGCCGGCGAGGACGACCUGGGAGCAGAGGCCAUCACAAACCUCACAGAUCCGACAGAGCACCAGUGGGGCGAGAACAAGCUCGAGGCCAAGCAAACGGAGGAAUACAUGCAGAUGCUGAAGGAUAAGGCGGCGCUCAUUACCAGUGGAUGA